UUAUAUACAUCUGCGGUUUUGUUUUUGUUGCAAAAGCAAAAUCUAUCAAUCCCUUUACAAUUUUAAGAAUUUAUAUUCAAUAGCUAUGAAAUAAUAGCAAACAAAGCAUUAAAUAGCAAUGGAAUUGAGUUAGUCACGAACAGAGAGGACUAAGACAAUAGAAACAUGGCGGGCAUUUAUACCAGGGAGGCAGUGCGUGUAAAAGUCAAGAAAUGCGAGCCAACAGCCAAGCCAGAGUGGCGGAAAUUCUCUGUGGAUCCGCAAAUAACCACAUUGGAAGUUCUCUACUCUCUGCUGGCCAAGGCUUUUGACAUUAAAUCGGAUUUUAGCAUUAAAUACAAGGCCUUCGAUCCGGCUGGCAAUGAGAUUUACCUGGCAGUACGUUCUGAUUGGGAUUUAGAUGCUGCAUUCCUUCGCAUUCAUAACAUAUCGAUUCAGACAUCGUCGGAGCCAUGCCUCAUGCUCCAGAUUGAUGUGAAACCCUUUACGGUAGUUCGGGAAUGUGAAACGAUGUCUUCCUCGUCUAGCAGAGAGGCGGUGGGCAGUGGAAGUGUCGGAAUCGGUGGACCAGCCCGUGAGCUGAUGUCUCCCCUGCAAUCGUUAGCCGUUUCCCAAAAAUAUGUCCAGCAUAUGCAGACAAAAUUGCCUGGCCUGAUAAUGAAUCAAAUGGAAAAAACAUUCAACAUAGUCCAAAAGGCCUUCAAUUUAUCCGAUGAACACAUGGCCAAUUUACCACCACGCCCGCCCAUGUCAGAUAGUGAAUUUCGCGUCUUCCUGGAUGCUUUGGGCCAGAUACAACGUAAAGAUGAGCUUCAUAAGGUGAUCUUUCUGGGCGGCAUUGAUCCCAGCCUGAGACGUGUGGUGUGGAAGCACUUGCUGAAUGUCUACCCUCGGGGAUUACAUGGUCUGGCCAUGGAUGGGCACCAACGAAUGGAAUUUAUGCGUCGCAAAUCCGAACAAUAUCUAAGCCUGCGAGAUACCUGGAAAACGGCCAUCAAACAGCAUCAGGCAGUGGCCGGCAGUGAAUUGGCCUAUGUGACCAGCAUGGUGAAAAAGGAUGUCCUGCGUACAGAUCGACUGCAUCCAUUCUAUGCUGGCAGCGAUGAUAAUCAGAAUAUUGCCUCGCUUUUCAAUAUUCUCACCACUUAUGCAUUGAAUCACCCGACUGUUAGCUAUUGCCAGGGCAUGUCCGAUAUAGCCUCUCCGCUGCUGGUUACUAUGAAUGAUGAGGCUCAGGCCUAUAUCUGUUUCUGCGCCAUUAUGGCGCGUGUUCGUGGAAACUUUAUGUUGGACGGCUUGGCAAUGACCCAGAAAUUCGCUCAUCUCACUGAAGCCUUGAGUUUCUAUGAUCCAGAAUUCUGGGAAUAUCUGAAAUCACAACAGGCUGAUGAUUUGCUCUUUUGUUAUCGCUGGUUGCUGCUCGAACUAAAGAGAGAAUUCCCAUUUGAGGAUGCGUUGCGUAUGUUGGAGGUUCAAUGGAGUUCACUGCGCUAUACAAGCACCGGUGGAGAGAGGGAGUUGGCCUUGUUUGAAAAGGAAUAUGUACCUCUUGUAGAUGUUCAGGCCACUAGUUCAGCUCCGAAUAGUGCUAGCACUUUCUCCACUUCCUACAGCGCCACGCCCACUAGUCCUUCGUACUUGUUAACAAAACCGCGAGAAAAUCCCUAUACCAAAGUUUGCGCUCUGCGUCGUCAGAGUUCAUCGGCCUCGCUAAGCUCACUAAGCUCUUCCAGUCAUGCCCUGGACAAUACAAGACGCCUGAAUCAUAGCCUGGAUGAGAGUAUGUCGAGACAUGCCUCCACAUCGAGUUCCCGGCGUCAGCAUCAGCAUCGUCGCGGUGCUUCUGGCAAAGCGCAUCAGAGUCUCGAUGAGGCGAAAAUUUUAAAUAUAAUUGAUAUGGGAAAUAAUCAAACCAAAUCCGAUUCCGAUGAUGAUGAAGUCUUUGAUAGAAAGUCAUCAACCAAUUUUCUAGAAACGAAUCCUUUCAAAGAUGAUGCUCAAAAUGAACCCAAAGAAGCUGGAGCUACAACAACACCAAUAUCACCCGGAAGACCAUUCCUAUGCAGUUCCUCGUCAUCCAAUCUGGAGGAAGAGCCCAUCACCACCAAUGCCAAUACAACAGCAACAGCAGGAACAACAACCACAAUGGACAGUAGAAACUUUAUAGCCGUAAGCAAUAUUAUUGCCAAGCAAUUGGCAUCUAAUGCCAGCCAAGUUAGUGAAAGCAUGAAACGUAUGAGCACUACAAGCGGUGGUCAUUUCAAAGAUCUGAAAGAGAAAUUAGCAGCCAGCAGGGGACAGGCGGAUCCAGAGAUGGCAACUAGAACACAAACUCCUCCAAAACUAGUCAAAAAUUUUAAUGAAUUUCUAAAUUUCGCUUCAAUGAAUAAGAAUCGCAUUUCUGAUCGCUUUAACAAUCAAUUGCAAAUCAACGAGAAACAACCGCAAACACAGACCACUAAACCUCUGGUUCAGCUAACAACGGGCAGCUCUUUGGAUGAAUCAGAGGACUCCUGCUCUCUGCCAGACACCACAUGGAGUGCCUCCACAGCAGUUACAGCCAUUCAACAAGAGCAACAAACUCACCCAGAAUUGAGUAGCUAUAGCCUAAAUAGUAUUUCGCCAUCUCAGCCAGAUCAGGAUGCUGACCAAGAAUAUUAUCCCAUGACAACGGCCAUAACCCGCGAAUUGCGUUUAGAGGCAGAGAAUUUAGAUCGUCAGGUGUUUGGUUUGCCCUUCACGGAGAAGCCUACACCCCACAUCGAGGAUGACAUUGAGUAUGAGAAAUUGGACAAGGACACGCUCGAUCUGGUGGAUGAUUUGAAGGAGAAUGAGAUUAUUAAAUGUCCCGAUGUCAGUGAGUUGCAUAUGCGUCGUCGGCAACGUUUGGCAGCAGCGAAAAGUGAAUGCCACAAUUCGACCACAACACCAAAUCCUUUUACGGAAGAAACUCAUCUGUUGCUGGGCAUGCGAAAUAGUAGUAGCUUGCCCGAGGUUAUAGUACCCAUAUCCACAGAGCCCAAUUUGCCAGAGGAAGUGCCAUUGCCAUUGGUCGAAUUGGCAUCACAUGCCGAUGAUGAGAGUGCCUAUUUGCCACGCCUAUCUUCGCCACAAAGGAAUGGAUUGCAUAACAGCAACAGUAACAAUGCAACAACAACAACUAAUACAGCUGCUGCAUUACCUCCACCCAGUGAAUUUGGUGGCGGCAAUGCUUUUCUCAUGUUUCUCUGUUUGACUCUACUCCUGCAACAUCGUAAUACCAUAAUGAAAGCUGGCAUGGAUUAUAAUGAAAUAGCCAUGCAUUUUGAUAAAAUGGUACGUAAACAUGAUGUAACCAGAGUCCUUAAUCAGGCCAGGCGCAUGUACAUCGAUUAUUUAAAGUCACAGAGCAGCAGUCAGAGAAUGCAGCAGCAACAACAACAACAAUCAACAGAGACUACAAAUCGAACAACGACUACAGCACCAACAACAACCAAUAAUUCUACAGCCACAUCGCUAUCAGCUUAAGAUUCCAGAGCUUAGUAUACUAUAUAUACUUAUCUUAUAUUUUUAUUUCAAA